AUGGAUCUCGAUACUGGAGACUCCCCGUGGGGCGAUGAACCCUCCCAGUCCACGACUAGCCAUGCCCCAUCGAAGCAGGACGCCUCGGACAAUGCCCCCGCCGCCCAGGUGGUGCCAUCAGCAGGUAGCCCUGAGGUUCGUACGCCCGGAAGACGAGGCCCGCGAGGAAACCGCAAGAUAAGUGCACAAGCGACACGUUUGGAAGCCGUCGACAAUACCGUCGAUCCGCUUGGCCCGCUAGGAGAAGCCACCCCCGAUAUAGGUGCCACGCCAAAUGACGAGGCGCCCGCUCCUCCUCAAAAAGAGUCUCUCGCCGCACGUGGUCCUCAGCCGGCUCCAGCUUUCUCGCAAAUACCUGGCGGAACUGGCUUCGCCGACUCGGUCAACUUGGAGGAGGAUGGUGCAGGGUUCCGCGGCCCCCCGCCUGUCCAGCCCGCCGUGGAGGCUGAGGGGCCGAGGCGACAGUCGCAACCUAGUAUGACUGUAGAGCAAGCCGCGAAACCAACAUUUGAGAUCAUUGUCGGAGAUCCGCAUAAAGUCGGCGAUCUGACGAGUAGUCACAUCGUUUACCAAGUUCGAACAAAGACGACCUCCAAAGCCUACCGCCAACCUGAGUUUACUGUCAGCCGCCGAUACCGUGACUUCUUGUGGCUUUACAACUCCUUGCACAAUAACAACCCGGGCGUAGUCGUGGCGCCUCCUCCCGAGAAGCAGGCCGUGGGUCGCUUUGACACGAAUUUCGUCGAAUCACGAAGAGCUGCUCUUGAACGAAUGUUGAAUAAGAUCGCGGGCCACCCAAUUCUCCAACAUGAUGCUGAUCUGAAGAUAUUCCUUGAAAGCGAAGCGUUCAAUGUUGAUGUUAAGAAUAAGGAGAAUCGGGAGCCUGACCUCGGCCAAAGCAAGGGUAUGUUGAGCUCAUUUGGUAUUUCUGUAGGAGGCGGAGGCAAGUUUGUGGAGCAUGACGAUUGGUUCCACGACCGCAAGAUUUACCUGGACGCAUUAGAGAAUCAACUCAAGGCGCUAAUGAAAUCCAUGGACACCGUGGUGGCUCAACGGAAAGGUCUUUCCGAUGCUGCAGGAGACUUUUCAAGCUCACUGCAUGCUCUUGCUGCCGUUGAGCUGUCUCCGGCUCUGGCGUCGCCGCUGGACAGCCUCUCAGGGCUACAAUUACGAAUUAAAGAACUUUAUGAACGCCAAGCCCAACAAGAUGUCCUGACACUAGGAAUCACCAUUGAUGAAUAUAUUCGCUUGAUUGGCAGUGUGAAGACAGCUUUUUCUCAACGACAGAAGGCUUUCCAUACAUGGCAUGCCGCAGAAUCGGAUCUCCAGAAACGCAAGAACACACAAGAGAAGCUGCUGAGGCAGGGCAAGACCCAGCAAGACCGACUGAACCAAGUCAAUGCUGAUGUUGCUGAUGCCGAGCGCAAGGUUCACCAGACCAGACUGCUCUUUGAUGACAUGGGUCGCUUGAUGCGCAAUGAGCUACAGCGGUUCGAGAAGGAGAAGGUGGAGGACUUUAAGUCUGGAGUGGAAACUUUCCUUGAAAGUGCAGUUGAGGCUCAAAAAGAGCUCAUCGAGCUCUGGGAAACCUUCCUUCUGGAGCUAGACUCCGAAGAGAAUGCUGUGUCAUACUAUGCCUCCGAACCAGCUACCGGUGGGACUGGUGGCGCCCCUCCCGGACCGAACGAGUCUGUCCCUGCCACUGAAGAUGAAGCAUGA